AUGACAACUGCAUCCAAAUUUGAUCAGUUAUAUCGUCGGAUCAUUAUUGCCAAGUACUUUACUUCUGGAUGGGGCGAUGUAGACUUAUUGCGAAGGAUUGUUUCCUUUCGCAAUGAUGCUACGGUAGACGCAAGCAAGUGGCGCAAAUUGGUAUCACCAAAUCAUCCAGUAACUAUAGAUAAGAGGAUCAAAAAUAAUUCGUAUGAAGUGCUGCAAGGACAUUUUACAUCUCCAAUUGUUGAAUUCUUUGGCCCAUCCAUGUUAGAAGAAAUUAAAACUGCUCGGUUUGAAGUUGUGUUACCAAAAAAUUGGAACACCGAUAAGAAACCUAUGUGUAUACACUUGGCAGGAACUGGAGAUCAUUUUUUCUGGCGUCGUCGUCACCUAAUGGCUAUCCCUUUACUUAAAGAAUAUGGUAUAGGCUCAAUACUGCUAGAAAACCCUUACUACGGAGUCAGAAAGCCGAAAGAACAACGACGGUCAAGCUUAAAGUACGUUGCGGACUUAUUCCUAAUGGGAAUUGCUUUGGUAUUGGAAUCAUCUGUUUUGCUACACUGGUGUCAAAAUAUGGGUUUUGGGCCACUUUGUCUUCAUGGAAUAUCCAUGGGAGGACAUAUGGCUUCUUUAGCUGCUACUGCGUGGCCCGAGUCUGUAGCUGUAGUACCUUGUUUAUCGUGGAGCACAGCCUCGAUAGCAUUUACUGAGGUAGUUAAGACCUACCUGGGAGAUUCAAAAAUUCAGUUUAUUAGUGAAUUUGAUCCUGGCGAAUGUUACCCGCAUUAUUUAGAUUCAUCAAUUGUUAAUUGUUUUGACGAAGCUAUCGAUGACGUUACCUAUAGAGCUACUGCUGAUGAUAUCAAGUCAACCUUAAUUCAACCUAAGGAGUUUACUACUACUGAAAAACAAAACUGGCUUUCCAAAGGAAGAAAUAUAUUAAAAAGAUCUUCGCAAACUGACCGUGAUAGACAACAUAUUAUCGAAAUUACAAAGUACGUCUUUGAUGAAGUAACGCAUUUGCAACAGUAUCCGUGCCCGGUUGAUACAUCCAGCAUAAUAGCUGUAGUUGCCGAAAAAGAUGCUUAUAUUCCAAGAAAUAACGCCACUAGUCUUGAAGAUAUAUGGCCAGGUUGUGAAAUCCGUUAUUUAGUUGGAUGUGGCCAUGUUGAUGCCUUCUUAACUAAGCUUCAUGUUUUUCGGUAA